CCGAACCCGUACGCCCGCUCCACUCGUACUAGCACGCGUACGUCGGCCAUUUGGGCAGACCCGAAUAAGUCCGCGCGCGGGUGGUGGUCCGCCAUCCGGGCAGAGGCGGAGUUCGGGAGCCACUGCGAGCAAGUGAAUCUUCUCGGUUCGGGCGGCGCCCAGAAAAAGUACGAGAAUCAGGCCGGGUACAACGACCUGUUCGACGACGGCAUGGCCUCGAAGCUCUAUCGCGACGCGUCGAAGAACUACGGGAAGGACGUGUUCGCUAACAGGAAGCGCCGGGUUCUCCAACGGCAAGAAGUUCGCACCAUGGGGUUCUACCACACUGGGUGCAUGAACUUCCAUGACGCGUACAAGCUCCUCUGCGAGGCCGAAGGACACCAUUCCAUGGCGUUGCUGGACCGGUAUUGCGCCAUGCAUGCCGCUGAUUCCGGAGAAUCCGUACGCGGACCCCCGGACGGUUUCGAUCCCCCGGCGGUUGUCAAGAAGGCAGACGGGGAGUUGGAGCGCGACGCGCACGGAUUGUGGCGCAGGGACAAGCUGCCUGCCCCGAGGAAGGAAGUGCUUGACGGCAUGAGGGCGGUCAAGGAUUUCGUGGAGAGCAACCCCAACGCUGUGGCGCGCUUCGCGCCCGAAGGUGCAGCUCUCUAUCGCCUGGUGGACAGCGUGAACUGGAGCGCGGCCGACCGUCUUCAGUACGUGGAUGAGGACAAAGCCGCCCGGCUUCGCCAGCUGCAGCGCUUCCUCUACGACUUCGCCAUUGCCCAGCUGCUGCUCGAAGUCCAAAAGGCUGGCUCUGGUCCCGCGGGCCCAGCGGGCGACGCAGCCGACGCUGGCGCGGCGGCUGCUCCGGGCGCGGUUGCCACUCGCCCCACGGUGAAGGACGCGUUCGUCGACGAGGAGCACGUCCAGCGUGCAGUUUGCCACUUGGCUGCGAUCUGGGAGGGCCACGAGUCCUUCGUGAACCCGCGCCGCACCAUGCACUUGGAAGAGAACGUGCGGCGCGGCACGUUGGCUGAGCAGCGCGAGGCGGCGGCGCGGGCCGCGGCGGAUGAGGGCGCCGAUGACGUGGAGGCCGAGGGUGUCGCGGGCGCCGAGGGCGGCCUCGAGUUGCCGGCGGGGUGGUCGCAGAAUGUGUGGAACGGCACUCCGUACUAUUGCCCCGACGCCGACGAGCGCGCGCGGCAGUACGAGCACCCGUCCACCGUGCCGACCCCGCCUGUGCCGCGGAUCACGCAGGGCGUCGACGAGUACGUCUUUGUGGGGAUAAUUGAUGCGGGCUUGAAGUCUCGCAUGAUCGCCGGAGCUGGCGACGCGGAGGCCGCGCGGGGCGGCGGCGACCUGAUCGCGGCCGCCUGCAAGAACACGCUCCUGUGGAAAUGCUCCACGGCCGAAAACCGCAUCACCGGCAACAUGGUCUCCGCCGCCAUCCGCUCGAGUCAGGUCGCUCGGCCGUCGUUGUCCUGGUGGAAGUCCGUCGUGGUCGAGGGCGAGCUCUUGCAUGCGGGGCUGGGCCGGAAGUUUGACCACAAUGCCAGCGUGGGUUCUGGGAGAAGCCCAAAGUCCCGAUUGAUGAAGAAGAACUCGCUGCCUUCGUGGACCAGUUGGCGCAAUGGGGAGUUGCCCCAGAGGAUUACGAGCGUGGCGCGGCUGCUUCCGGCGCGGCCCCCGCGCGCGGGCCGGGGCGCGCGCCUGCGCGCGCGGCGGCGCCAGGUGGCCGUGCGAGUGAUUCGCCUGACCCGGGGGGGGCACACUGAUGAGGUGAUCAUCGCGGUGCCUUGGACGUGCGAGAACAGGCUCAGGCUGCGCGCUGACGUGGAGCGCAUCCUGGAAGCGGCGCCCGCGUUGGCCUCUGAGGCGAAAAUGAUCGGAGGCAUCGGGGGAACGGAGGCGGAGUUUUACCUGGGCGGAGUCUUGCCCAUCCAUUACCAAGGCGGUGUCUACCAUGUACCCGUCGGCAUGGCGUUCGGCUCGUUGUACCCAGGAGUUCCGCCGCGCUGUUUCGUGGCGCCAUCGGGGGCUAUGGGAUUGGCGCAGCCGCGCCCGGGCGUCGACGCGGGCGGCAGGAUCUCGGCGCCGCACCUGACGGAGUGGAGCGAGAACUCGCGAAUCACGGACUUGAUUGGCGGCGUGGCUCUGCUGAGCGGCGGAUUGACUUCUGAGCAGGUGCUGGAGAGUGCGGCGCGAGCGCUGGGCGGGCACCUCUUGCCGGCGCCGCGCGCGCCGGAUGGCACCACGCCCGCGCAACAUGAGGUGUCGCCGACUCAGCCGCUGACUGCUGGGCAGCGCGCCGCCAACGAGAGCUGGUUCACAGAGUCACCGCUGAGCCUGGAGCCCUGCCCGGGGACUGGCUUUUGUCCAUCCCGAGUACGCAUCCCGGAGCACCAGGCCAUAGGCGGGGCGUUCUGGGAGGGGGCCGUCGGCCUUCGGCGCGGCUUUAG